AUGGUAGACGAAAAUCUUGAAUGCAGUGAUCGCCUUGAGCUUAUAUCCAGAGCUGGGGUAGUUCAGCUUGUCAGCCAACUCCAUAGACCGAAUUUCCAAAAUCACCUUCUUUCGAAUAUCAGCCUUGCUGUUGAUAGCAACAGGCUUAUUGAACACAUAAGUGUUAGCAAGAUUCGGAUAGAAAUAGCAAGUAUCAUCAGGAUCGGUCUUGCUUACAAGUUCGUACCCAAGAGCUAUAUUUACCUUAAAAGCACUUGCCUGGCUCGAAAAAACGUUCUCGAGCUUAUCUCAGGCGACAAGUGCUUCUCAAGGAUUUCAAUCGAAUCAUUGUACUGCUUAGCUACCAGUCUCUGCUACUACCCCAUUUGA